GACAGCCCUGUUCUUUUGGCGGUUGUUUCUGUGUAAUGAGUAUUGUGUGUGGCAUCCAUGGGAUUCCGGCUGAAGCUUAGUAAGACAGAGUUUGUCCAGGACUUUGCUGGAGAUUAGCUUUCAGUCUUGGGCAAGGCUUAUCCCAUGAAGCGUUGGUGGCCUCCCCAGUAAAUCAGGGCUGUUAUAAAGAUCACAUACGAUGAUGGAUGGGGAAGGCCUGAGUGGUCUGUAGGAAACAAAGCAGCUGCUAGGGGUCCUUCCACACUUGUGGCAAAUAGAGGGAGGCAUUGCUUCCCACAUCCACCGUAACACGCACUCACUAGCUGUGAGGCCCCCUAAGAUAGACCCAGCUGAAGAAGAGGUGGGCUUAAUAAGGAUGUGAGCCUCAGUGUAUGUGCGUUUGUUUUUGACCAAGCCAGGCAGAGGUUUAGGAUGAAAAGUGCCCAGCCCCAGGGCCUGGCUGACAGACCCACCCCCACCCCCACCCCACCCGCAGGGGGCAGGAGGUGGGAACGUGUUGUUUGUUUGCUUCGAUCUGCAUAUGGAGUGAGUCAUUGCCACUUGUCAAGGUGAAAUGGCAGAUCUGGGCUUCCUGUGGUUCCAAAAAUCUGUGAGUGGAAAUCCACAAGCGAGCUGGUGGUUGAAGCUGGCUAAAGGAGAACCUUAGAUAUUCCAGAAGUGUUCGGAUGUUUUGCACCGGGGGAAGAGAAGACGGUUUGUAAAUGAACCUCUCACGUGUCUCCACUGUUCUUUUUCAACAGACACAAUCCUUGAACUUUGGUUAGGACAGUUCAGCGUAUUUCUCUUUGCCCGUCUUGAGUUAGGAUGGGGAGAGGAGGAAAUAGGUUCUUUCCUCUCCUUCUUUUCCUCUCCCUUCCCCCACUCCCUUCCCUUAUCCUCACUCACUCACAUGCACACACUAACCUUGAAGCCGAUGGGAUUGAGUGACUGGCACUUGGGACCACAGAGAAAUGUCAGAGUGUUUGGUUACAGACUCAAGGAAACCUCUCAUUUUAGAGUGCUCAUUUGAUUUUAAGCAACACUUUGGACUGUGAAUCAAGGCAUUGGGUGAAGACAAAAUGGCCUCGCCGGCUGACAGCUGUAUCCAGUUCACUCGCCAUGCCAGCGACGUUCUUCUCAACCUUAACCGCCUGCGGAGCCGUGACAUCUUGACCGAUGUUGUCAUCGUGGUGAGCCGCGAGCAGUUCAGAGCCCAUAAGACAGUCCUCAUGGCCUGCAGCGGCCUGUUCUAUAGCAUCUUCACAGACCAGUUGAAAUGUAACCUUAGCGUGAUCAACCUGGAUCCUGAGAUCAACCCCGAGGGGUUCUGCAUCCUCCUGGACUUCAUGUACACGUCUCGGCUCAAUCUGCGGGAGGGCAACAUCAUGGCCGUGAUGGCUACGGCUAUGUACCUGCAGAUGGAGCACGUUGUGGACACUUGCCGGAAGUUUAUCAAGGCCAGUGAAGCCGAGAUGGUUCCUGCCAUCAAGCCUCCCCGUGACGAGUUUCUGAAUAGCCGGAUGCUGAUGCCCCAAGACAUCAUGGCCUAUCGGGGUCGUGAGGUGAUGGAGAAUAACCUGCCUCUGAGGAACGCCCCUGGGUGUGAGAGCAGGGCGUUUGCCCCCAGCCUGUACAGCGGCCUGUCCACCCCGCCAGCCUCUUACCCCGUGUACAGCCACCUCCCAGUCAGCAGCUUCCUUUUCUCCGAUGAGGAGCUGCGCGAUGCCCGGAUGCCCGUGGCCAACCCCUUCCCCAAGGAGCGGGCCCUCCCCUGUGAUAGUGCCAGGCCCGUACCUGGCGAGUACAGCCGGCCGGCCAUGGAGAUGCCCCCCAGCGUGUGCCACAGCAGCAUCUACUCGCCCAAGGAGGCCGCCCCGGAGGAGGCACGCAGUGACAUGCACUACGGCGUGGCCGAGGGCCCCAAGCCGGCCGCCCCCUCGGCCCGGAAUGCCCCAUACUUCCCCUGUGACAAGGCCGGCAAGGAGGAAGAGAGGCCCUCCUCCGAGGAUGAGAUCGCCCUGCAUUUCGAGCCCCCCAGUGCACCCCUGAACCGGAAGGGUCUGGUGAGUCCGCAGAGCCCGCAGAAGUCUGACUGCCAGCCCAACUCGCCCACGGAGUCCUGCAGCAGCAAGAACGCCUGCAUUCUCCAGACCUCCGGUUCGCCGCCGGCCAAGAGCCCCACCGACCCCAAAGCCUGCAACUGGAAGAAGUACAAGUUCAUUGUGCUCAACAGCCUCAACCAGAAUGCCAAACCAGAGGGGCCCGAGCAGGCGGAGCUGGGCCGCCUUUCCCCUCGAGCCUACACCGCCCCGCCGGCCUGCCAGCCGCCCAUGGAGCCCGAGAGCCUUGACCUCCAGUCCCCAACCAAGCUUAGCGCCAGCGGGGAGGACUCCACCAUCCCACAGGCCAGCCGGCUCAAUAACAUCGUCAACAGGUCCCUGACCGGCUCCCCCCGCAGCAGCAGCGAGAGCCACUCGCCUCUCUACUUGCAUCCCCCCAAGUGCACAUCCUGCGGCUCUCAGUCCCCGCAGCAUGCAGAGAUGUGCCUCCACACCGCCGGCCCCACAUUCCCCGAGGAGAUGGGAGAGACCCAGUCUGAGUACUCGGAUUCCAGCUGUGAGAAUGGGGCCUUCUUCUGUAACGAGUGUGACUGCCGCUUCUCUGAGGAGGCCUCGCUCAAGAGACACACGCUGCAGACCCACAGCGACAAACCCUACAAGUGUGACCGCUGCCAGGCCUCUUUCCGCUACAAGGGCAACCUCGCCAGCCACAAGACUGUGCAUACGGGUGAGAAACCCUAUCGCUGUAACAUCUGUGGAGCCCAGUUCAACCGGCCAGCCAACCUGAAAACCCAUACUCGAAUCCACUCUGGAGAGAAGCCCUACAAAUGCGAAACCUGUGGAGCCAGAUUCGUACAAGUGGCCCACCUCCGUGCCCACGUGCUCAUCCACACUGGAGAGAAGCCCUAUCCCUGUGAAAUCUGUGGCACCCGUUUCCGGCACCUUCAGACUCUGAAGAGCCACUUACGAAUCCACACGGGAGAGAAACCUUACCAUUGCGAGAAGUGUAACCUGCAUUUCCGUCACAAAAGCCAGCUGCGUCUUCACUUGCGCCAGAAGCACGGCGCCAUCACCAACACCAAGGUGCAGUACCGUGUGUCCGCCACUGACCUGCCCCCGGAGCUCCCCAAGGCCUGCUGAAGCAUGGAGUGUUGAUGCUUUCCAUUCGAGUCCCUUCUCAGAAAUCUACCCAAAGGAUACUGUAACACUUUACGAUGUUCAUCCCAUGAUGUAGUGCCUCUUUCAUCCACUAGUGCAAAUCAUAGCUGGGCUGGGGUGGGGGGGGAGGGGCGGGGGGACCGGGAGCCAAGGCAGCUCCCCUUCCCCUACUGCCAUAAAACAUUAAGAAAAUAAUAUUGCUUCUUCUCCUAUGUGUAAGGCAAACCACGUCAGCAAAAGGCGAAAUCAUUUUAUAUAUCAGAGCGGGGGGAGUAUGCAAAAGUUCUGACUUGACUUGGUCUGCAAAAUGAGGAAUGUAUAUGUUUUGUGGGAACAGAUGUUUCUUUUGUAUGUAAAUGUGCAUUCUUUUAAAAGAAGAGACUUCGGUAUGUUAUCAAAGAGAGGGCUUUAAUUUUUUUAACCAAAGGUGAAGGAAUAUAUGGCAGAGUUGUAAAUAUAUAAAUAUAUAUAUAUAUAAAAUAAAUAUAUAUAAACCUAAAAAAGAUAUAUUAAAAAUAUAAAACUGUGUUAAAGGCUCGAUUUUGUAUCUGCAGGCAGACACGGAUCUGAGAAUCUUUAUUGAGAAAGAGCACUUAAGAGAAUAUUUUAAGUAUUGCAUCUGUAUAAGUAAGAAAAUAUUUUGUCUAAAAUGCCUCAGUGUAUUUGUAUUUUUUUGCAAGUGAAGGUUUACAAUUUACAAAGUGUGUAUUAAAAAAAAAAAAAACAACAAAAAGAACAAAAAAAGCUACCGAAGGAAAAAUGUGUAGUUUUGUUCUAGUUCUCGGUUUGUAUAUACCUGUACAACGUGUCCUACGGUGCCUUUUUUCAUGGAAGUUUUCAGUGAUGGACGAGCACGCCAUCCCUUCUGAAGUGUAGGCAGACACAGGGACUUGAAGUCGUCGCUAACUAAGCUCUCUUUGGGAAUGUUUGUCUCAUCACAUUCUGCGUCAUGCUUGUGUUAGAACUACUCCGGAGACAGGGUUUGGCUGUGUCUAAACUGCAUUACCGCGUUGUAAAAUAUAGCUGUACAAAUACAAGAAUAAAACGUUGAAAAGUCAAGUUGGCUCCGUUCCGGAGGUCUUUCCUUGUGUUGGAAUCAGGACUCAGGACUCAAAUGGGUCUGGUGUCCUCAGCUCGUAACCUAGUGGGAGAUGCUCAAGGACAGGAGUGGCUGCUGGCCAUGGGGGGCCUCAGAGGGGCCGAGGCUGGGGCUGGUUCCUGGAAGCUGGGCCCGGAGCCGCUGUUGGCCCCCAGACCAGGAUGGACUGAGGACCGCAGGCUCCAGACCCGGGCCGUGAGGAGCUCAGGCAGGGGAGGUGAGAUGGGUCUCUCACCUCUCUUUCUGGCUGGUUCUCUUGUGUUUCUUCACUCAGCCCUCUAGGCCGAGUUCUAAUGACUUCAGUUCUAGCCCUGCUGACACAAAGGUACGGGCGUCCCUGCUUUCCCUGUGUCUUAGAGAAUUUGCCCAUCCUGUGAAGGCUCAUCUUGCCUCCAGGCUUCAUAAGCAAUUUCUCUUCGCUGGGAUCCAGGGGAAGUAUGAAGGCAGGUCUGACCCCAUCAUACAUUUCUCAGCCUUGGUGCCUUUAGAGUCUUUCUGGUACCUGCUGGGUGAUUGACAGGUAUCUACAGACUCAGAAGGUUUGUGAACGGCUUCCGGCCAUGUAAACCUCCUACCCUGGAGAAGGGCUCUUUGUCCAGAGAACUCUGGUGGAAGGCCCCCAUUUCCUCCUGCGUGACCUGGGACAACCAUUUCCCCUCUGGCUCCCUUUCCCAACCUGUCCGUGAGAGGAUUAGAUUAACUAGAUCAUUUAUGAUUCCAUGAUUCAGACAUAAGUUCACCCUGGCUUGCUUUGGCACCUAGUUUUAUUUCACCUCAAAAAACCCCAAGGAUCAAGUUCGAUGGAUGAGGUCUAAGAACAGUGAGGACAAGUGCGGUCCUGGCCCCUGGCCCAGAGGAGAAAGGCCGCCCUUGCCCCCUUCCAGGUCCUGGGUGGCCGUGGGGCGGGGCUGUGGAGUGGAGCCCCUCCCCGGGCCCUCAGGCCAGGGGUUGGACAGAAGCGGCCUCUGGCAGGGUCUUACGGCAGGCCCUGGGCACGUGUUGAGAAGCGUGUGGGGGCUGACCACCCAAAGCCCCAGAGAGAGCCUCACAAAGUGACACCACCCUCUGCCAGCCACAUGGCCUUUUGGUUCAGGUUUCCUUUGAAAAUGACUUUAGAGGACUUGCCAGCUCGAGGCCUCAGCUCACCCUGCUCUUUGAAAAGGGAGAAAAUGAUCCCUCUGCUCCCAUAGAAACUUGGCAAAAGAACUUACAAAACAGACAGCUUCAGAAAUGAGAAUUCACAGGCCCGAGGGAGGCUGGCCCAGGGCCCCUCUGCUCCCCGAGGGCCUCCGAGUUUGUUUAUGUGUCAUUACUGUUUAAUAGAGAGACCACGGGCCGAGGGCAGACAGUGUGGGUGGCGUUCAAGUUCAAACAACAUGGAAGAUCAAAGAGUAACCAGAGCCAAUUGACAAUCAAUAAUGAGUAAAAAGCAAACAUCUCUAAACGGAUAAGCCAGGACAAAGGGAAUGCAGAAUUUUUAUUACAAAAACAAGUAUGCCGUGAAUGCCAAGUUUUAUAAACACGUAACUUGCAAGACAGGGGGCUCACGAUGUCCUUUUCCCUACUGUUGGAACUUUAGAGGAAAUGUUUCUGGGGACCAGGUUGGUGGUUGGGGGAUAAAUCCGGAGAGGCAGGGAACUUAGAAUCAAGAACCACUAAGGAUCUGGAAGGGAUGAGAUGGUAAGGAUCACCCAGCUCAAAUCUGUCACCGACUCCUGAAGGGACAGAGGCAGGAGACAUGAGCAAAGUUGCCUACCAUCACUUCUUUUUGUGCCGACGGUGGUUUUCAAGGCACCUUCGUACCAAAGAUCCCAUUCAGUUCCCACAACCACCACCCCGAGGAGAGUUUACAGGGAGACAGAAACCACACGCCCACCUUGGAAACUCCCCGACAGUGGCCGUGCCCCCCAGAGCUACAGCUGAACCAGAGGUCCAUAAUAACACAUCAGGCUGCACCUGCCCACAGAAUUUUCCCAAAGAAACUGCUUUAUCCUCAGCCCCUGCUUAAGAGCCAGAACUUGGGCACCCAAAUCCCACAUUGUGAAACCCUACCUCCCUGACCACUGAUUUGUCUAAGGGUGGACACUGGAUCCAAGGGCAGCCCACUUGCAAAGGGCCUGUGGCCCAUUACAAAGUGUUAGUUAUGUAAAUUGGGGCUGCUAAUGAGUUG